GUCUAUAGAGUUCAUAAACUUACAGAAGUCCUUUCCCUUCGGUGAUCGCCCAACUUCUCUCCUUUCCAUCUUCCAACUCUCCACCAGUACUAUCCGCUACAAUCUUAAUCCCAUUCCUAGCAUCCUGCUGACAGAUGGCCUCCAGUUCAAUGAGCGUCUCACGCACCUCGGACUCCUCAUGGACCCUGAGGGAGAACAAGAGGUUUGAGGAGGCCCUGGCGAAGUAUGACAAAGACACCCCCGACCGCUGGCGCAAAGUGGCUCAGGCCGUCGGCAGCAAGUCGGUCGAAGAGGUGAAGCGCCACUAUGAACUGCUCGUCAGGGAUAUCCAUUACAUCGAAUCAGGUCAUGUGUCAUUCCCCAACUACUGAUCCCCUGAUCCAGUGAAGUCGGCAAUGGCCGGUUGAAGUAUCUAAAGCUCAGGUGAAGCAUAUGCAGUAAUAGAUAUACCUGUAUGGACUGGAUUGCCAUAUAGAAGCAUGUAAACGACUCUAAGAAGAUUGGUGAUCGCCGAUCUUGCAGCAGCCUAAUGUCUCUAUUGUACCUUUCACCUUCCCCGUCCAUCCUAUUGUAAUUCCACUAUAGACUGCGACAAACAUGUCUGUCUACUACUUUGUAUCAUGCUUAUUGCUUAAUAAAAACAAGUUUGGUAUAAUU